AUGUCUCUUUCCAUUAACUACCGAAAUACUGUAAACAUAGUAAAAGUCCCAUUUCCUCCAACCAUUGGUGUAGAUGAAAUCGUAAAAAUUCAUUUAAAAAAUGAUAUUAAGAAUGUUAAUCAAACUCUAAAUGCAUUCAUGAUUUAUCGAAAAAAACAUAAUCGUGUAGUUGCAAAGUUGAAUCUUUCAAGUAAAGAUGUAUCCAAGUUUGUUAAAAAUUCAUGGAAAAAUGAGCCAAAUAAUGUCAAAGACCAUUACCGGCAGAUGGCAAAAAAUGUAAAAAAAAAUGUUUCAAAGAAAAGGUUCCUUCUCUUUGUUUUAUCAAUAGCAAUCAAGUAA